CUCAGUCCCAAACAAAGCAGCAGACACCAUGAGCUCCAUUCACUGCACAACACUACACAGACAGGACUCACAGCACACACUUGUGCUUUCUUUGACUAUCAGACCAGUUCGAUUUGUUUUGCAUAGGAGGACUGGAGCUGUAUGUGUGUGUGAGAAUGAACCACUCAUGCAAGCACAGAGAACUUAGAAUUUAACCGAGAGUUUGGUUUCAUGUUGGUCUCACAGGGCUCUCUGCUAGUUCUCUGAAGAGAUUCUUUGCUGCUAAUGUCAUAUAUCACAGUAUGGAAGCAUUACUGACUGAAGGGGCAGAGAGGACAAGGAUGAGAAAACUCUUAUAGACAGAAGACAGACACUCUCAAACAGUCUUUUAUAACUAAAUCACAGAGAUUCUGACAGAUUUUUGUUUGUCUGGAGAGCUGAAGAAUUUAAGGCAGCGUUAUGUGUCCGCUGGCUGUUCUGUGCAUGUUGUACCUCUGGGGUCCAGCAACACUGACAGGGGGACUGGGAUCAGUAUCGAACAGCAUUCCACGGAAAACAGUGCCCAUUACAAGUAACGGAGGACGUUUGUUUCGUGUGGAGGGUGUUUGGAACUAUACCACGAUGCUUCUGAGAGAAGAUCUGAACAUGCUCAUCGUGGGGGCAAGGGAAGCCAUUUUUGCACUCGACCUGAAUGACAUUACAGCCAAGAAGGGCAUGGUGACUUGGCAAGUCACAAGCCAGCAGCAGAAGGAGUGCUACAAUAAAGGAAAGGAUGCUACGAAUGACUGCAAAAAUUAUAUCAGAAUUCUUCAUAAAAUGGAAGAUGGCAGAAUGUAUGUUUGCGGAACCAAAGCAUUCAAUCCAACCUGCAAAUACAUGUCUUAUUUUGAUGGUCAGCUAAUAUUUGAGAACAGAACAGAGGAUGGCAAGGGAAAAUGUCCAUUUGAUCCUUUUCAACGAUACACAUCUGAGUUGGUCGAUGGAGCAUUGUACUCUGCCACUUCAAUGAAUUUCAGGGGCUCGGAGCCAGUCAUGAUGCGCAGCUCAGAGGAAACUAUACGAACAGCGUUUACAAGCACCUGGCUCAAUGAACCAAAUUUCAUCCACAUGGCCCACAUACCGGAGGGAGAAAGUAACACAGAGGGAGAUGAUGAUAAGAUUUACCUCUUCUUCAGUGAGACAGCAGUGGAAUAUGAUUCUUACACCAAGGUGGAAGUUUCUCGAGUUGCCCGUGUAUGCAAGGGAGACUUGGGUGGACUAAGGACACUGCAGAGGAAGUGGACAUCAUUCCUGAAAGCGAGGCUCGACUGUCCUGUUCCAAACACCAUCUUGCCUCUUCUGGUUCAGGAUGUGUUCCACUGGUGCCCCGGCAACUGGACCACCUGUGUUUUUUAUGCAGUUUUUUCCCCACAAGCGGACUCCUCGCCACACUCUGCAGUAUGUGCGUUCAGAAUUGAAGACAUCAGAUCGGUGUUCUCGAAGGGCAAAUUCAAGGCCCCUGUUAACGUGGAGACGUCGUUUGUAAAGUGGAUAAUGUACACAGGUGAACUACCUGAUCCACGACCUGGAGCAUGCAUUGAUAAUUAUGCCAGAGAAAAGAGCAUCACCAAGUCUCUGUAUCUGCCAGACAAAACAUUGCAGUUUAUUAAAGACAAGCCUCUGAUGGACCUUCCAGUCUUUCCCAUUGGAGUACGCCCCUUGCUGGUGAAGAGAGGUGCUGCUUUCACUAGAAUUGUGGUGGCUACAGCGACUGCCGUGGACGGGAGCAGCCAUCAGGUCAUGUUCAUCGGCACAAUGAGUGGUUCAGUGCUGAAAGCUGUGAAUUAUGAUGGCGACAUGGUCAUUAUGGAAGAGAUUCAACUGUUUGAGCCCUCAGAGCCCAUCAAGAUCUUACGACUUUCCAACACCAAGCAACAGCUGUAUGUGGGUUCGGAGGUGGGCGUGGUGCAGAUGUCUAUUAAUGAAUGUGGGCGGUACCACAGCUGUCUGGAUUGCGUUCUGGCCAGGGAUCCGUAUUGUGGAUGGGACCUCAAUGAUAAGCACUGUGCUACAAUAAACAGCACACACAGAGCCAGCACUAUGAUUCAAAGUUUGAGAGAGGGAAACCCCAGUCAGUGUUCACCAUUAGGUGUCAGUAAGACAGUGAACAUCUCCUUUUUCCCCGGCAAUACCGUGAAGCUGUGGUGCCAGCCGUAUUCCAACCAAGCACAGGUGCACUGGCAGGUAAACGGUCGACCAGUCACCACCUCAAACACCUUCCAGAUCCUCCCCGACAGCUUGAUGAUCUUCAACGCCUCUGGAGACGCCAAUGGCCACUACACCUGCAAUUCCAUCGAGACCAUAUUCCAGCGGGAAUACAAAACCCAGCAUGCAGCAUAUGAUCUGAGACUGUGGUCAGGAUCUGCGACUACCAAAUCACAUGAAGUUCAUGAAAAUCAGCACAUGCUAGUGGUCAUAAUGGUAUUAUUAAUGCUAGUGUUGGCUGUGCUACUGAUAUGGAACCUCUGGAAGGGCCAUUUACCUUUGCCGUGCUGUCGUAGAAAGGUUAAGGAUGCGAUGAACAAUUGUGAAGAGACUAUCGCUGCUUACCAGGCUUCAGAUCAUAAAAUAGCAUCAGCAAGCAACCUGAACAGCAAUAACAACCAUGCUAAUGACCAGCGGUAUUCAGACUCCAGAGAAACAGACAGACUCUCAACCAUUGUUGGUUCCUCUGGUCAGAUAUCACUGAGACACAUAAAUGAUGAAUCUGACAUUUGAAAUUCUUUAUAUGCAAACCUUACCUUGGCCUCGCCAAUGCAGCUAAAUAAUUUGCAAUUUGUAAGCACCAAACCCAAUGGUGCUGGCUCCUCUUUUGCAGCUACAAACUCUCGCUAAACUUGUUCAUUUUGUGUCCUUAUCUUGAAUCAAUAUCUUCACUCCCAAAGCCAAGUUUUAACAAUAGUUCAGCAACAGUGAGCCCUAUGAACAAAGGAAACGAUACUGAGGUGCUAAAAUAAUCACUUCAUGCAGCCAGACCUUAUCAUUUGAAUCUUUUAUAUAAUUGUAAACAUUUUUGCGUCGCCAGAGGCCUGGUCCACAAUGCUACAUAUUCUAUCCUUGCCAAGUACCGCCUGCUGAAACAGGAAGUGUCAUUUUCCAAUAUGUAUGGGUGUAUCAUUUGAGGCUAAAUAUGCUAAUUCUUUCUCUGAAUAUUUCUAUUGUUCAACAGGUUUUAUUUUAGCUUGACAACAUCCAUUUGUGCCACAGUGAGUUUAACAUUUUUCUUGUUAAAACCUGCUGCAGUUGCAGCCUCCAAGCAUGUUGCCUUUAAAGGCAAUUCUACAUGGACAAGAAUGAACUUCACGUAUUUACAAGAUGCCAAUAUAAGUGUCAAAUGACUGCAGCUUAUUUUACAUACUGGAUUUUUUACAGCAAAAUUUAGGUACAUGCCAUAUUUUAUUUGACACGAAUGAGAAGAGGCUGAGAGAUUUACAUACAGUCUGUUUAAUAUGGUUCAAGAAGUCCUACGUCAUGUCUGGACAACCCAUGUUUUCCAGCUUUUUGUUUUAUUAACUGUAAAAAAAAAAAAUGUAUGUUGCAUUCUCCCCGACAGCACACACAUGCAUCAUCCAGACAUCUAUUUAAUUAGUGUGUUUACAUCUGGAAGACGCAAUCUUUUAUGGUGUUUGCUCAUCUGCAAUAUGUCUAUAAUACGCAUGUCAAAAAGACAUUCAGUACAUAUGUUUGUUUAUAAAAUUGAUCUUUCUAAGAUAUUUAGCAGAUGUGAAUCAGAUGGUGAUGCUUCCCAGAUGAAAAGAUUUAAAACAGACAUUUCAGAGAUGUUAGUGUGCUAUUUUUUACAUCCAUCACUCACAUCUUCAAUCAUGUCAAAUUAAACAUUGUGUUGA